UAACUGGGAGAUUAGCAUGAUGUUAGUGUGAGGGAUCAGCAUGUAACUGGUCACGGAAGUAGCUAUGUUAAAGUCGGAGUUUACGUAUCAACAGAUGUAUUUAUUAUAUUGACGCUAAAUAACUGCAACUACCCAACUAUCAUACAAUAAACCGAUGUGAAAGAACUAAAUAUAAACUACAUCAAUAUAAUCAAUGUACUGAAUAUAUUGUUUAUUGCUGGUGUUAGCAGUGGGCAGGAGUCGAACUUAGGUUCACUGAGUUAAGAGCACAGAUCGUGAGCCACUUCCACCACUGCUCUUCCCAUAUUAAAACUCAUGUAAAGCCUAAGAUGAUAAUUUUUUUCUCCUGCAAAGGAGUAAAUAGCAAUGCUAAAUAUGUGUUUGAUCAAAUAUUAUAAUUGCUAAUCUGCUGACAGAGGCAUCCGUUCAUAUAGGCAUAUUCAGACUGUUACAUAUUGAACUAGUUGUAGUAGACACUUUAUUUUAAAGCUUCCUUUAAACGUGACUUUACCGAAAGAACCAAAGAGUAUGGUUCCUUUAAACUGUACUCCUUCUGGCAAGUGGUACGUUUUAGGGGUUUCUGUAUAAGCCGGGAAGUUGCACCAUCAAUCACUCUUUGAAAGUCCUAUUGAUUAUUUUUGAAGGGUCUAAAACCUGUACAGUCAGCUAAGCUUGGGUUUUUCCUCAUUCAUAUAUAUUUUACUCUUUGUUGGCUUCACACCAGUGGAGGUGCUCGAGUGUUAUCUACAAACUUGCGAUUCAAAUGUCAUGCGUAAGUGACUCAGUUGACGCACAUACCCGGAAGGAUAUGAUUUGCAUUUCCUGCAUUUUGUAGGUGUGGGCUUCUGGUAAGAGUAGGGGUGCUUGGAGCCUGAUUACGAACUUUGUGCGUGUCAUUAGCUUCGUACAGCAUUUCACACAUCGCCGAGUUAUUCGAAAGGACACCCCAUACAGUUUUAGCAUUUGCUGCGGGCAGUGGUGGCAUGCGAAACGAAUUCCGCCGUCAAGUUCAGCAAAAUUGAAAAACAUGUGCUCCACAUUCGAAGGAAACUUUUGGUUUUUAACCCAGUCUUCGAAGUGAAAAAGGUAUCACUGUGUUAUAUUUGCUUUUUUAUGAAAAGGAAGACUUGAAGGAAAUUGUGAUGGCUAAAAGGUGUGAUCCCAUCAAAGAUAAAUGUCCAAAAGGCUACGUUUUACAAAGUCGCUGCACGACAACCUCAAACGUCAAGUGCUUGCCUUGUCCACCAAACCACUAUCUACCAUACGAAAAUUCAGAGACGAAAUGCUGGCUCUGCACAUCAUGCAACAAUGCCUCCCUGAGAGUCAAGAGGCAAUGUAGUCCUGAAGGAAAUACCAUUUGUGAGUGCAAGGAUGGAAUGUACUGCACAUAUUCUUCCGAGAACAGCUGCAAACAGUGUUCUCCCCAUAAAAACUGCCCGAGUGGAGAGGGCGUUGUCAGUCGAGGGACCCGGAUAAUGAAUACAACUUGCAAGAAAUGUCCGAAAGGCAGCUUCUCCAACAAGAAUUCAAAGACGGAGCCAUGCCAACCACACUCCCGAUGUGAAGCAGGUGUGCAGCAAGCUGGGACAAGCAAGGCCGACGUCAUUUGUGCAAGUUCAAACACGACAGGAGUCCCAGAAAAUGUAACUCAAGACGCUGGUGACAAUCCAGUGAUUUGUCGGGAAGGGUCGUUUUGUGUGGAGAGUGGCGCUGUGCAUGGCAGCUGUCUGCGCUGUCAGGAAUACAGCGUCUGUGGCCCUGGCUUUGAGGUCUCCAGUCAUGGAACAGAGUCUUCAGAUGCACAGUGCAGGCCCUGUCCAUCUGGGACCUUUUCCAACACCACGUCCUCAGUGGAGACAUGCAUCCCUCACACAAACUGCUCCAGCCUAGGAAGGGAUCUUCUUAUCCAAGGAACCACAACCACUGAUGUCACCUGUGCCGAUUCCUUUUCAACCACCCGGAGGACAGAUUUAAUUCCGACCAUCAGUGGUGGAGCAGUGCCAGGGCAGCCUUCAAAUGCGCCAGCCGCACCGGGUACGGCUUUCGUUCCCACCACCGGUGGAGCGGUGCCAGCGAAACCUCCAAGUGUGGCAGCCGAAACAAUCGCAAUUGGAGGAGGUGUUUUUGUGAUCAUUGUCGUCGGCAUACUGAUCUACAAGUUCUUCAAGAAACGAAUGGAUAAUGAAAAAAAUGGAAUAUACAUCGCCAUGGAAAUGCAGAGGCCCAGGAUUCCCAUGGAGCAGCAGCACUUUCGUAACAUGGGCGACGAGGGGUACGCGGUGGUGGCCCGAUGGCCGGGGGAGGAGCCCCCGCGCAUCGAGCGUAACGUGGCGCUCAGAAGCGACGACGGCCGCCCCCCUCUCCCCCCCCUGCCGCCGGUGGCGGCGGAGGAGCCCCGGGUAAUGUCCACAUACGAGAAGGAUCGGAGAGACAGUGGCCUGGGCAGCGGCAUCAUGAAUGGUGGAUUAGUGGACGAGGACACGCACAGCAGCUGCUACAACAACCUGUCGGGUGGCAGCGGUCGGACGGCGUCGUCGUCGUCGCCGCUCGACCAAAAGGAGAAUAACUUUCCCCCAAUGAAACAAAGCAGCAUUGAGAACGAUGUCUUUGCAGCACCGAAUGGGCCGCUCAUCACGGUGACCAUCAACGGACCGGUCUUCGUGGAGCGCAACCUGGUGGAGAGCAGCCUGGCGCUGAGGCCCCACGAGAGCCCUGGCGAGGGGACCGAAGCCGUCAUGACCACACCACUGCCAGAGCAGAGUCCGCAUGUCUCCGGCAAGUUGGUCACAGCCUCAGAGUACCGGCCACCGCCACCAUCGCCCACUUCCCCGGUGACUCAGAGCGGCCCUCUGCUACUGUGCGAGAAUAAUUUGGCUCCGGCAGGCGGUGCCCAGGAGGGCGAUCUCUUGAGAGCGGGAGCUGGGCUGGUGCGGAAUCACCCCGUGGAGUCCGAGUCGCCCUGCGAACACGAGUGGGCGACGUGCGUCGUGUAGCCGUAGAUGCGACGAAGCCAAGCGUUGUGGCGGCUACCUGCAAUCCAGGAGGUGGAAUCGUCGCAUGGAUCUCAUCAUGUGCUGUGAGACCCCCGACCAGCUGGGAAGAGAAGUGGCCGGGUGAUGGCAGUGCAGAAAAUGGGCUACCAGGUUUUGGAUGUUAACCCACAUACUUUUGGGUCUCAUUCAUGUAAUCUAGUUUCUACUGAUAUUCAAAUUCUCAGGAAGAAAUGAUUAGUCGAAUGUUGUAAUAUGCGACUCCUGAUGAAGAGAGUGAAGACUCGGUGAGGAUUUCUGGGAAAAAUAUUCUACAAUCCUGAUUAUCAUGAAAUAUAAAUGGAAGAAACCCUCCAUCUGAACGAUAUGCUUGAGCAUGAGUUACAUACAAAGGGUGGACCUAUAGGUCACUGUAAAAGCUGAAUCAUGAUAUAUUAAAAUAUAAGUUGCCCGCACUUCGGUGUUAGCACUUGGAUAUACAGUAGCUGUUUUGUCACGACUUGGAUUGUGAUUCAAAAUGUCAUGUUUAAAAUUUAUGGAUGUUUUAGCCACAAUUUUGGGUUUUUAUUAAAAAAAUUAGGAUAAAUUUAAAUGACUACAUUUUAAUAACCGUCAAUUUUACCAUUACAUUUUCAUAUUUAGUUACAUGUAAGUUUUAGGAUUAUACAUUCAAAAAAUGUACUUCUCAAAAGUGUAAAUAAUCUUUAUUUUGGUUAUUUUAAGUGAAAUUAUUUAGAAUUUUUAUAAUUCCAGUUUAAUUGAUAAGAAAUGUAUUUUAUACUCAUAAUUUUAAACCACUUGCUUUGAGUCAACUUAACGUUUAUUAAUUUUGUUUGUAUUAUCUUGCUGGUAAUAAUUACACUUGGGCAUUUUAUCCGAGAGUUUCACUGAGUGUCAACAUUAUUUUUUCAGGAGUGUCUUGCAUUGGGAUAUUAGAUCAACACCUGUAUUAAAAUUACGAAAUCUCAACAAGUUUGUCAAUAACUUCGUGUGGUAUUUUUGAUUUAAAGCUUUCGUGACUGCAGUAAUUCAUAUUCUUAUUUUGUUGUUUCCCUGCAACGUGACUUUACCGAAAGAACUAAGAAUAUAUAUAACUUCGUGUGGUCUUAAAAUAAAACUAUUUAAUCGGUGGCGUUUUGCACAAUGGCCCUUCUUUGUAGCACAUAAAUUGAGAGGCCAGAGAGGUAUGAUGGAUGACAAUUGGGAGACUGCACUUUAUACCACGGGGCCAGAUUAAAAAUGUUUUUAAUGUUUCCUGAAAAUAUAAAAAAUGGCUUCUGAAGUUUUUUU